GUUUGUAGUCAGCUGCAAGCUCGUGGUUUAGCGGAAAUUUGUAUGAUAUUCUCCAGAUUGCAGAACUAAAGCAAUGGACCAGGAGCCAUCUACGUGGAUAAAAAAAAGAGGAAACGGACGAAGUAAAAACAGAGUUACGCUUCAUGGCCAAGAAAAUUUUCCAGUACUCAGUUUUGCCAAUCAGAGGCAACAUCUGCCCAGUGAGAGCUUGACAUUGGGAGGAUGGAUGCAAAUGAGGCAGUUCACAGGCCCAAGUUUACCCAUUCAGCAUGAAUGUAAAAGAAGAGUUGGAGGAGGGUGCAAAUAAAGAGUCCAUUGAAGAUCCACUGGGAAUAUCAUGGUCCACUGAUUUUAUCAAGGAGGACCCUGAAUUAAAUUUGGAACUGAGUGUAACUGAGAAUAUUGUGGAAACCUCAACAAGAUACACAUCUGAUAGUGCAAGAUUGACUCAGUGUACUGGUGGGAGCAGUGGCAUAUCAUGUGAAGAAACUUGUCACCAUAGACUGGUCCAGGAUGAGUUGAUGAUAGACAUGGAGAAGUCAUCACAACAGUUUGGUACCAAUACAGAAGAUAUGGCUGUUGAUAAGAACUGCUCAGUUGCCACGCGAUAUAACUGUAGUAUGUGGGAAAAGGAAUUACAUGUAUAUAGCUGUAAUUUCUGCCAACAGAGCUUUCCUUCAAAAUACAGAUUCAUAAAGCAUGUGUUUAUGCACAUUGAUGGUAUGGAACCACCUUCGUAUGUUUGUAAGUGGUGUGGUGAAGUAUUUCACAGUAAUGUUAGUUUGAAAAAACAUUUGAGAAUGAGUGAGAACUACCAUUUCUCAACUGCAGGCAACCAUGAAAAAUAUGGCUAUAGUGAUGAGCAUCAAAGCGCUAACUUCUCGGAUAGUGAGCCAGACGUUUGUGUCACAGAACUCAACAAGCUGAAUUCAUACAAGGAAACGUGGAAAGCUGCAAACAAGUCUGCUAAUGACAAAGGUAACACAAUUAUGACAAAUGAUACAGAGGAAACAAAUCAUUAUGGAACUUUAUCUACAACUGUUAAUGUCAGUUUCCAGGGUAAUCUACUUACUGCAAACAGAACCCACAAAGUGACAGUUGUGGCAAAUCUUUUGCUCGUGCAGGCAAUCUCAAGAAACAUGGAGUAAUUCACACUGGAA